CGCGCAAAAAACGCGCCCAAAAUCAGAACAGCGAAACAGCAUGGCGCGGCCGCGAUUUCAGAGCAUUUUGGGCGGCCGCGAAAGCGGCCGCCUGUUCGCCGGUUUCAGAGCCUGGGAAGCUUUGCAAAAAGCGCCGGCGUGAAAAAUAAAAACGCGAAAAAGAAAAAGCGCCGAAGAGGCGCAAUGCCAAUCCGCAUGCUAUGGGCCCGAUUUUUCUUCGCUUUUUGGGCGCCCCCCGUGGCACCCGGAUCGGCCCCAUAGCAUUGGGGCUGGCCUUCGGAAAGGAAUUUCGGAAAUUUGCCAAAAUUUGCGACGUUUAUCAAGCGGCCGCCAUACCGUGCGGCCUAACGUUACUCACGGCGGUAUGGCGAGCCCAGAAAAAGCAAAGCCGCGGCCAAGGCG